GCUGCAAAGGGACACGUGAGGGAUGCGUACUUCAGCAGUCAGGCUGGAGCGCCGUGCAGAUCCCACGACUGUUGCUUGGAGCUCCAUUUCUCCCGGUUGCCUCUGAUCUCUGCAGAUGGCAGAGCCUUGCUGCCCUAAUGCUGCUUCACACCCACGCACUGCACACACACUGCCCGGCACAGCUGCACGCUGUACGGUCCGCGCGCAGUUCCAUCUCAGAGGCUGCCUGUCACUAAUACCACCUCUGGCCGUGCCGAGAUGCCCGUACCAUCGCUGAGAAAUCCUCACACCAUCUGUGCAUGUGGUGUCUUUUGCAUCCAUGCUGCACCCGUCUGCUUCUCUUCUCUGUGGUCCAGGUUCCACCAUGUUGCACCGCUUGAGAGACCGGGAGCUGCUCCGGAAGAGAAAGGCAGAAGCCGAGGAGAAGGAUUCGAUUCAGUGGGCUCUGGGGGAGCAUGAGAGAAGCAAGCGGCAGAGGAGAGGCCAAGGUGCCAGGCGAGGAAAGGGCCGUGAGCAUGUCGUGGAGCCUGCACCACAGUCAAAACCACAGCCAAACCCUCAGCCCCCGAAGAAGGAGGAAGCUGAGAAGAUGUCCUCCGCGGCGAUGCAGCAAGCCGAGUCUUCCCAGAUGGACGUGCAGGACCUGUUUGCUGGGGUGCAGCUGUCAGAUCUGGAAGGGAUACUGGCCUCUGGGAGCCAGAGUCCCCUGGGUGAAGAGGAUAUGCUGAAGCUGGCAGACGAAAUACAAGAGGUCCUGAAUACUUCACUGGAAAAGAACGAACCAGAUAACGACAUGUACUCAUCAAGCCUAUUUUAAAGUUUUAUUUAAAAUAUAUAUGUAUUCUUCUAAUUUUUAUGACUAAGAAAUACUGAAAAGCCUUGCAGAGAGACUUAAAGUUGCUCCUUCCUCAGCAACAAUAAAAACCUGACUCUCUCUCCA